UUGUGUACAAAUUUCUUAAAACAUGAAGGCAAUAUGCAUGCAGAUGAUGGUACUGAUAGUGAUACCACCUACUAUACUCUUUGUGACCAGAGUGCUUCUGUGAAUCCUGAAAUGGGAGACAUAAUGAACAUACGUACUUUGAAAGGCAAAGGUUUAGAUCAAUCUAAAGGUAAAAAACAAGAGAUAGAGAUUUGUGAACUUGUGAUUUGUGAUGAAGUGCUACAGAAAAGAGACAAAUACAAAAGAAAAUUGGUAAGUAUUGCUAGAGAAGUUGAAGACCUAACAGAUUCAGAUGACCUUGCUUCUCGAAUCAAAAUUAGCCCAAGAAAAUGUUCAACCAAAUCAUCAAGACAUCAGGCCUUGACUAACAUUAACUCAUCUACAAAAUGCUGUGAGAAAAAGAGAAAAGUCUCUAAUGAAUUUUUAGACAAAACUAAUGAGAUUGAGGAAAGAAACAAAGUUACUGACACAUCUGAAGAUACAACUUUACAAGAUGAAGAUGUUUACCACACACCAAUGAACAGUCCAGAACCAGCACCAAAGCGUGCCAGAGUUUGCAGUGAAAUAGAAGUUUCUCCAGUUACUGAUGUAACAACAAGCACAAGCAAUGUCCAGCAAUACUUCCAAAAAACAGGUUUUCCAGAGUCAAACAGCACAUCAUCCACCAGUUCAGGACUGCAAGGUUGUCUUAAAGUUCAGUUACUGGGUAGAUAAAAAGAAGUACGCCAUUUAUAGUUGAAGAUAAUGACUAAAGAGGAGCAGGUUUCUUCAAGGCUCAUCACUGCAACUAUUACUGUUUAGAUUUUUACUUUAUAUCUUGUUUCAUCAGAAUGUUAUUACAUGAACUGUUUUCAUUAUAUCUAGAUUUAUGUAAGAAAAUAAACUUGUAUUGACAAUUAUUCAUAGAAUAAUCAUGUACUUUGAAGAGGAGUUUUUUCUUAUGCUUCUUAAUUUUACAAUAUAAGUAAGAUGUGUCAAGUACAAUUUUGUCUUAUAAGUUAUCUUGACAUCAGUUUACAGGAAACUGUGUAUGAUAUAAAUUAUACAAAAUGUAUUUAUUACUAUCAAUUCCAAAUGUUUGUAUGGUCUGCCUAUUGUUUUCCUGUUUGACACAAUUAAGCAGGUACACCAGCAUAACUGUGUGCUUUUGUUUUUUUGUUUGACAAAAUUAGGAAGAUAUACCAGUAUAAGUUUGUACAAGCUUCUAUGUUUAGGAAAAUAAAAUGAGAAAAAUA